AGUCCCAACAACCAACAAUGAUUCACCGAAUCAAAUAGGUGGUGAUGCUCCAGCAUCUAGCUAGUAUAUAUCCAUACCACCUCCUCCUCUCUCCUUCCUCUCCAUUUCCCCAAGGUGCCGACCUCACCCACCCCCUGCAGCCUCAAGCUCAGCGGCCGCCUCAUGGCUCAUCAUGCGACGGACGUCCAUCAAUGGCUCUCCGCCACGGGUGCGCUCCUGGAUGAAGACACUUCGCUAUGGCUGUCGCCGGGAGAUAACCCGGCUGAUGGUGGAUUGCUCAUUGGAUCAAAUGGAGACACAUAUUAUAUGCCACCCGUGUACGCUGCUGCUGGUAGUAAAGAGAAAGGAAAGAAAAAAGAGAUUGCUGCCAUGUUCUGCCACUGUAUUCUGAACGACUUCGUGACUAUGUUUAGGUGGAAAUCCUUGAGCAUUGAGAGUGACCCUUCAGUAUACAAGCUUAUCUUCUGUUUACAAAUAAUAGCUUGCUACUGCCAUUAUUAACAAAUGGUUAUUGUGUUU